AUGGCAGAUGAACCCUCCCUUCCGUACUGCCCAAUUCCGCCUGUAAUGAAGAUCUACUACCAGUGGAACUCGGAAGGGUUCUACACAUUCCAUGUAUGCGGCGCAGACCAAAGAGAUCGUCUUUUUGCGGUAAAAGUUCACUCAGGUUAUAGCAUGAGCGCACCACUACACGUCAAUCAAGGUAUAUACCUAUAUAACGGGCCCACAACAAAAUUCCCGCUCCUCGCUGCCGCUGGUGAUGACUUUCCGCUUUUGAGCAGCUUACCGGUGAACAAUAAUAGCCAAAUCUGGAUACCAGCUCGCAAGUCAAAUGGACUGGUAACAGAAACUAUGCGUGCGUAUCUUACCCAAGAUAAGCAUGCUGCUUUUCGAUUCUCUACUGAGAUCAUGUCUUCCAAAAGAAUGAACCGCCAGCCAUUUGAGUGGAGGAAUAUCAAUAGGAGCGAAAGGGGGGAAGACAAUACAGAACAUGGCGGCUUCAGGCUAUUUCUCUUGACAGAACUUGACCAGAAUACACCAAGUGGUAAAGGCGGCAGUGGGCGCAAUAGCAGCGACCAGGGCGAGAGUGGUAGUAGCCAGAGUACAUCUACUUCUUCCGCGGCCGCAUCCAAGGACGAGGUCGUGGCUAUACUAGAGUGGAAGUCUUUCUGGACAAGUCCCAAACACCCUUUCGAUCUCAAGCUCGUGGGCCGUGGGCUUUCAUUUGGAGAGCGCUGGAACACCACGGUUAUUAUCACGGCGUUGAGAUUGUGGGAGCUCCACGGGCGUGGAAAGUCGCAAAGAGGAUCUGUUGCCUUAGCGGAAAUGGUUGGGCCAAAGGAGAAGCUGGCGAAAUAA